GUUGUCUCCAUCGCCACACUCUGCCAUGUGCCACUUUCAGGUCUCCUCACACACUGCUGGUGUGUUGAAAUUUUUUGACAUAGGGUGCUGGCAGAUUACGGGCCUCCCAUAGCUGCUGCCAGGCCCCUAAUCUGCCAUGGGCCCCCCUACCGCCUCCUCAUGCUGCUGCCAGGUCCAGAGUCUCUCAUGGGUCCCUGUACGGCCUCCCAUUGCUGCUGUCUCCAUCGCCACACUCUGCCAUGUGCCACUUUCAGGUCUCCUCACACACUGCUGGUGUGUUGAAUUUUUUGAC